UCUGGAAAAAGUAAAAACAAAUUUCCAUAGAAAUAGCAAUAUUCAAUCGACAAAAAAAAUUUUUUUUUUUCGGCUGUCGUUAUAUUAUAUGUAUUAUUAGUCUUUUUAUGUUCCACAUCAUCAUCAUCAUCAUAAUAAUUCCAAUGAGAUUGCAUGAUUAAAUUGAAAUCAUCAUUCAAUCUUCAAUAUUAUUAUGAUGGGUAAUCCAAUCAAAUUAUGUUCUAUAUCGCAAUCAUCGACAGCCACACCUACAUCGACAUCAUCUACAAAUGAUCAUGAUGAAAUGAUGAUGAUCAAUAGUGAUAAUGUAAUGGCAUCGACAAAUUCAAAUAUGAAUAUCAAAACAAUACGUUCAUCGUUGAAUAAAAUCCAUCUGAAUGAAUCGUCGAAUAUUAAUCUAAUCAAUCUAGAUGAUGACGAUGAUGAUGAUGAUGAUGAUAUUGAAAACAAACAAAGCAAUACGAAUCCACCACCGAUAAUAAUGGAUAAUAUAAUUGGAAAAACGUGGACCGAUUUAAACUUUGAUCAAUUACUUAGUGAUGAUGCUCAAAUCGAUGAUAAUUUAUUCUGCAACAAAAGUAUUGCAAGUGAUUGUACCAAAUUACCAAUCGAAGAUGUUGAUUUAUUUGGCCGUGGACCGGAUUAUGAACCAUUAUUAACAGUAAAAUGUAAAGCAUGUAAUCGUUUAAUUAAAGCCAGUGCUUUUCGUCGUCAUACCGAAAUACGUCAUCCACAUAUGGUUCCACGUGUAACGUCCAUAAACGAUAAUAAUAAUGAAGAUUCAAAUUUAAUAAAUGGUUAUAGUCAAUUUUCAUUGUCUGCAAAUAAUGAUACCACGACCACCAAUAAUGUAAUAUUUCAUAAUAAUAAUGAAAAUUCAAUGAAAAAUGGCCAUCUUACUCCACAAUCGAAUGUAUCGAUGGUGACGACAACGACAACCACCAAUGUUACUAGCACUAAAAGUCGUAAUACUGUAAAUAAAACCAUUCAAAUGAAUGGUAGCACUGGUGUUCUACAUAAUGGUAAAACGCAUUCAAAUCAUACAAAAUCAAUGAAUAAACAACAAACGAGUGGUAAUAAAAAUAUUUCAAGAUCACAACCAAUGCGUCGACAACAAGCUUCAACCGUUGCAAAAUUACAGUCAUCUCCUGUAAAUGAUGAUGAUGAUGAUGAUGUUAUUGAAAUUACCGAUGUUCCAUCAUCAUCAUUUUCAUCAUCAUCAUCAUCGUCGUCAACAUCAUCAUCAUUGAAAUCAUUCGGUGGUGAAGUAGAAUUUCUUGGGCCAGUAGUUAACCCAUCUACAUCGACAAAAGUAUCGUCAAUUCGUCGAAAAAAUCAAUCAAACAAUAAUCAAUCGAAACAACAACAAUCGACAAUGUUUUGGACAUCGACAUCUAAUGUAAACACUUCUGGUAAUGGUGUUGGUAGCGGUGGUGGUGGUGGAAAUUUCGCCGUUAUUAAAGGUGUUUAUUGUGGUGGUAAUCUAACAAGUGGAAAUCAAGUUUUACCUGUAUCUGCUUUAAAUAAAUCUAAUGGCAAUAAAUCCAAUGGUAAUCUUACAAGUAUUAAUGUUAAUGCAGAAUUGGAACAACAACAACAAUCAUCAAAUACAACAGGUCAAAAUGUAUUAAAAUUUCAUGAAAUUCUCGUACGAUCAUCAUCUGCAUCAUCAUCAUCAUCAAAUCAAUCAAUAACGACUACAAUGGUUAAAUCUAAAGAUUUAAAUUCUUUAUUACGAACAUCGACAAAACGUACUGCAUCAGAAUUAUCACCAUCACAAUUAUCACCUGGUGGAAAUAUUCAAGGAAAUGUUGUUGCGAAAAAAUCUAAACCAAAUAAUAAUAAUAAUAAUAAUGCAACAAGUAAUACUGCAACAGCGGUAGCAAUAACUGCAACAACCACUACUGGUGCUGGUGGUCAACAGCAGCAACAAGUAAUCAUGGUGCCAACAUCAAUGUUAUCAUCAAUUACUAGACAGAUGGUUACGGAUAAUAAUGAAACAAGAGCGCCAACUGCAACAACAACAUCAUUGAAUGUAUUACAACAACAACAACAGCAACAGAAUCUGAAUAAUGAUUAUAAUAAUAAGAAUACAAACGGUGGUAAUAUAAUUAAUAAUACAACAACAGCCAUAUCAAUCACAACAAAUUGUUCAACAUCAACAUCGGUAUCGAAAAUGAAAUCACAACCACCAUCACCAAUGUUGAUGCCACCACCACCUAGCCCAGUGGUACCAAAGAAACGUUCAAUUGUUUUGUGUAAAAAUCGUGAAUAUGAUCCUGAUCAACAUUGUGGUGUACAAUUAGCCAAUAUGGAAAGGCCUUGUACACGAUCAUUAACAUGUCGAUCUCAUAUGAUCUCAUUACGGCGUAAUGUAUCUGGUAGAUCAAAACCAUUUGAUGAAUUAUUAAGUGAAUAUAAAAGAGAACGUGGUAUGAAAGAACGUCGUGAUCGUAAACCAAGAAAUAAACCUAAGACUACGGCAACAACAGCAACAGCAACAAUAACAACAACAUUAUCGAAUAAUGUAAUUGCAAUACAUCAACAACAACAACAACGGUUAUCAUCGAAUGGAACACCAAUACCAUUAACUAGUACGAUAAAACGUUCAUUACAGGCCAAAAUUUCAAACAAUUCCAAAUCGGUAUUAUCAUCGGCAAAAUUAUUAUUGGAUGGUCCAAUACAACAACAAAGUCAAUCUUUAAAUGUGAUUCAUCAUAAAGAUAAACGAAUUAAUAAUGAUCGAAGAAGUUUAUUAUUGCAGCAGCAGCAACAACAACAACAACAACAACGUUCAAUAAAGAAUAAAGUGAUAAAAAAUAUCAAUUUACGUUUAUUCUCUCCGAUAUCGAUUAAUAAUGAUAAUAUUCCUGAACGAUUUCAAUUCAUACGUACAUUAUUCAAAUCAAUUGAAUAUCCAUGUUUAAAGGAAAAUAUUCUGAUUGACCCAUGUCCAGAUGCGGCAAAUAAAUUACAGCGUUUAUUACAAUAUAAAGAAUUAUUGGCAAAAAAAGUGCAGAAAAUAACUAAUGUAAAAGAAUCACGUAAGAAUAAGAUAUUAUUAAGUGAAUCAAUUGAGAAAGGAUUACAUCAUCGACUACGACGACGACGACAACAACGUCAUUAUUAUCUGCAACAACAACGGCGUCGUCAUAAUCAUAUACAAACGGAAACAAUGACCGGAUUUGCUUUUAUUGAUCAUUAUCCACGUCCAGCUGCUGUACAAUCAACAUAUAAGAAUCAAGAUUUUCCAAUCUAUUUUACAACCGAUUCAAAUAAAAAGCUUAAAUUAAAUUCAACAAUUGAUCCAUAUAAUCAUCCAUUAGUAGCCGGUAUUACAAUGAAUCCAUAUGAUAAUGUGAAAACGAAAUUUUCAAAUGUCAUGGAUGAUGUCAAGAAAUUGAUAUCAACAAAAGAUUCACAUCAACAACAACAACAACAACGUUUGAAACAAAAUUCAUCGACAUUUAUAAAUAAAUCGACAACAUCCAAUAAUAAUUCAUCAUCGAUAGCAAUAUUGGCAAAUCAUCAAUCACCGAUGAAAACAUUACCAACAUCGGUCAAAUUUGUCAAAGAAGGUGGCAUUACAUUGUUGAAACAAACAACAGCUACGGUAACACCGCCACCACCACAACAACAACCACUUUCUUAUCCUAAUCAUGUUUCGCAAUCAAUGGUAACGACAAAAAUCGGUGCGAACAGCAACAACAACAACAACAGCAAUAGUAAUGUUCAACAACAGACAAAUAUCAAGAUAAAACGUGAAGGUAUAACAAUAUUGAAACCAACGAAAAUGUCUAAAUCGGCUAAUAUUGUUAAAAAUAUCAAAGAUUCUGGUAUUACAAUGUUGAAACGAUCAUUAUCAAUAACGACAACGACGACGACAGCAACAGCCACAACAGCAGCUGCAGCAGGUAAACCGAUAAAUCGAUCAAUAUCUCAUCAACAUCCUGUCACUACAUCUCUAGGAAUAAUACACCAGCAACAACUACCGAAAUCAAAUAUUGAGAACACAACGACAACAAAAUCAUUGUUGAAAUCGACGAAAACUUUGUUAACGACAACGACUACCAACAAUUCGAUUCUUCCAACGACUGCGACGAUAUCAUCAUCAACACCGAAAGCGAAAAUAAUGAUGAAUACAAAAGAUCAAUCGACGACAUCUUCAUCAUCACCAUUGGUGACGACAUCAUUAUUGAAAACGAAUUCUGAUUCAAAAUCUAAAAAAUCAAAACGAACGGCAAAUCAAUUGACCAGCGAAUCAACGCAAACAAUUGUCACAUCGGCCAAUAACAUCAUCACUGCUACUAAUGGACCAACAAUUUCAUUAAUUAAUGAUAAAAAUGUAACGAUGAUUAAUGCACAGCAACAAAAACAACAACAAAUUUUAGCAUUUAAACAAUCAUCAAUUAUUAAUAAAUCAACGUUAACCAUACCAAAACCUAAAACUGCCAAAAUUCGUUUUGCCAAAAUGAUGGGACCUAAUAUUGCCAUUGCUACAACAGCAACCACAUCUACCAUAACAUCAACAUCAACAACAACAACAACAACAUCGACAUCAUCAUCAUCAUCAUCCUCAUUGUCAUCAUCAACAACCAUACAAUCACCGAAUAUUUUGAAUGAUAAGGUGACCGGUAUUCACUCAUUUUUAAUGUCUUCAUCGAAUGAUAAAUCACUGCAACCACAGCAACAGCAAUCAUUCAAUCAAAUAUCACCAUCGACAAAUGGAAUUUGCAGUGAAAAAGAUAUAAUUGAAAAUAUAAAAGCUGAUUUGAUUAAUAGCUAUGAAAAUCGUGAUUUAUUAACAAAGAAAACAUCAAUGAAUGGUUCAUCAAUUGAUUAUAUGUCCAUACAGAACGUAAAUUUUGAUACCGAUUCGCAGAAUGUUCCAGAUUAUAUUGUCGAUUUAAUUGAUGAAUUGGAACAAACACCAAAAACACAGCAACAACAACAACUAAGACAAACCAUACCAUCACAGACCAAUCGACCAAUAACAGAACAACAAUCGAUAAAAUUGAAUGAAAUAUCAAACGGUGUGCAACAAGUAAUCUAUCAGACAAUCAAUAAUCCGAAUUCUGUAUCGAACAAUAUCUCGUUAUCACAAGCAACAACCUUGGAGCAAAAAGUACAUCCAUAUCAGCAUAAUAAACGAAAAACCGAAACAACAACAACCGGUAAUCAAACAUCGAUAGCUUUUGUAUCGAAAUCAAAUUCUGCAACAAACGUGCCGCAAAAACAACCGAAUAUCACUAAAACACGUACAAAUUCACGUACGGUUAAUAAAGCAUCGGCAGCAAAAGCAACAACAGCUGUUACAAUCGGUAAAACAGGUAUACACCAACAGCAACAGCAGCAACAACAACAACAACAACAGGCUGGUGGCGUAACACAAAGUUUUACCAUUACAAAUACAGCUGGAAUUUUAAAUAAAACCAAUACUGCAAGCAUAAUUAAUCAAAAUCUUCAAACGAAUAAAUUAAAAUCUACAGAACUGGAUAAUAAUGUGACGACAGUUAAACCACCAAAGUUCACUGCUAUAUUAAAUGGAAUAAAUCCUGAACAUCAUGGACAAAUUAUUUGUAAUCCAGAAACAUUGAAAACAUUGAAUAGUGUUAUCAAUAGUGCUGCAUUUCGUCAAGCAGCAAGUAAUGCCAUUGCAAGUGGUUCGACUACAGCUAAAAUUAAUACAACAGGAUCGAAUGAAAAAUCCAUUAUUGUACCAUUAACAUUUACAACAACAGCAGCCACUGGUCAACAACAAUCUUCUAAUCAAUCAACACAACAAUCAUAUCAAACUAUACAGAUUCAACCAGGUAAAACUGGUUUAAAUACGAAUCUAAUUGCAACACAACAACAAUUACAACAAGUCACAACAUCAUCAACGGGUAAUAAUAAUAAUAUUACACAAUUACAAUCAAGUGAUACAUCUGUACGUAAUAAUAUGUAA